AUGGCGGAUGAAGAGGUAGUCGCGCCCGAACAGGUGUGCGAGGCGCCGGUGGAGCCGGCCCCUGCCGAAGAGGUAACCACGACCGAGGAGCCAGCUCCGGAGACAUUGUCAACGGACCAGCCAUCUAAUGAAGCAACAGAGGCGCCAGCUGAAGAGCCGAAGCCUGAAGAGACCACAGAAACCGAGCAGCCAGCAGUGAAGGAGGAGGAGAAGCACGACUCGAACAAACAGUCCCAGCCCGCUGAUGACCAGGUGAAGUUUUUCGUUGGAGGCCUGCACCCAUCUGUUGACGACGAGGUUAUAAAGGGUCACUUUUCCAAGUAUGGGCGCGUUGUUUCCGUGCAGAUCAUGCGCGACUUCGCCACUGGGCGCAGUAGGGGCUUCGGUUUCGUCGCCGUCGUCAGCCAGGACAACACGGAAAAGGUGUUCACGGACGAUCAUAUGCUCAAUGGGAAAAGGGUGGAUGUGCGCCACAUGCAACAAGAACCUGGUUCCACCGUCAAGCGCAAAAUAUUCGUCGGGGGCAUCUCAAAGGCGCUCAGCGAGCAGAUGUUGGAGGAUUAUUUUGGCAGGUUCGGAACGAUUGAAAAGGUUAUUAUAAUGAGGCAAAUCGACGGCAGUUCAAGGGGGUUCGGGUUCGUCGUCUUCGCGGUGGACGGUGCUGCCGAAAAGGUGCUGGAGUCACCGAGCCACUUCGUGUACGGCUCGAAAGUCGAUGUCCGCGCCGCUGAAUCCCGUGGGAAACCAUAUUCGGGCCGUACGGACGCGUAUUACAAAACGCUUGCGCAGGGCAUGAGGACGAACAGCCACGAUAAUGGGAAGGGUAUGCCUUACUCACGGUCGCAUCACAUGCAGCCGCCAGUGAUUCCCCCACCAUCAGGAGCACCGGUCGUCGGGUACGACCCGCAGGUGCUCCAGCAGCACAUGAUGUACCAGCAGUAUGCCAUGCAAACGCAGUACGCCUACUAUGCGCAGCAGGGUGGGGGCCCAGGUGGAAGGGACCCGUCCCGCUACGUGCCUCAUCGUCCAACCAACUUCGGAAACCAGCCAUACAGCCAGAAUAACAUUGCACGAUCCUACAGACCAAGGCCAUAUUGA